AUGAUAAUUAAUUCGCUACGCGCAGCGACGCAUGCAGCUUCGCUGGGGUGUUAUCCGGGAGUGAGUUGGAUACUUGGGUUCUUUGUUCCGAAGAAAAAUAAAUCGAUACUGGGGAGAGAGACUCCCAGAGCGGAUAUUGUAUCUCUGAUUAAACGCGAUGAGGAGGGGAAAGAAGGAUUAACGAUUCAGGAAUUGCAAGCAACAGCUAGCGUGAUCAUUGUUGCGGGAGGCGAAACGACCAUUACGGUCCUGAGCGGAAUAACGAAUUAUCUCAUGAACAACCCUCUGAAACUCUCCCUCCUCACCUCGGACAUCCGAGAAAAAUUCAUGAAAGAAGAAGAGAUAUCAAUAGCUACGCUGAAAGAAACAUCCUACUUAAACGUAGUCAUCCAAGAAAGUUUCCGACUCUGCAAUCCCACUCCCGUUAGUCUCCCACGCAUCGUACCCCCAGGCGGCGGCCGCGUCUGCGGACACGACCUCCCAGAAAAGAUAUUCGCUAACGUGCACCCCCUAUCCAUCUCCCCAUCAUGUAAAUAUUUCCACAAACCAUCUGAAUUUCACCCCGAGAGAUGGCUCGCAGCAAAUGAUUCUUCGUCUCCUUUUUAUAACGAUAAUCGUAACGCCGUACAAGUUUUUGGCGUGGGUCCUCGUUCUUGUAAUGGGAAACCUUUGGCGAUGGCGGAAUUACAACUUCUGCUAGCGAGGAUGGUGUGGAGAUUUGAGAUGGAGAAGGUAGAUAGUGAGGCGGAGAACUUGAAAUGGGAGGAACAGAGAGUUUUUAUCAAUUGUCGAACGGAAACCUUUUGA